UCAUUUUCUGGCUGCACGGCUCAGAGUAAACUCAAUUUAAUCCAGUGGGCACUGUGAAAACCACUUUUGUGCGAGAAAGUCAUUGUGUGCUGGCGAGCGCGUGAAAGCAGCAGGCAAAUGUGAAAACAAACAAACGAAUACUUUUUGUGGUAAAAAUGCGAGUACUUGGCGAAAAAGAAUAAAUAAAUAGCUAAAAAAUAUAUCAACGCCGAUCGGAAAAGAAUGACCUAAACAUCAUUGACGGUAUUCCCGUUUAAUCUAUUUGGAAUCAUUUAAGAUCGGACGCUUCUGCUACAACAACAGAGCAAAUUAGAAGCAACAAUAAUAAUAACCACUUAUCAUCAUGAUACUCAUCUCUACGCUAAUCGGCAACUGGGAAAAACUAACAAUCAGCGGUCAUGCCAAUCUGGUGGUGCUGAUGUUUCUCUUCAUGGUUUGCGCCUUUGAAGUGGUCCUGCUGAAGUUGACCACUACCGGCUCCAGCACAGUCAACGUAUUUGGGCGCAGCGAUGCGGAUGAUGAUGAUUCGAGUGAGUACGAGGAGGAUAUUUACUAUGAAGACUUGCGCAACAAUUAUGAACACUGGGCUCGAAGGCAAAUGCGUUAUCGGCAUCGAAUACAGCGGCAGGAACAGGAAAUGCUGCAUCAAUUUUAUGCACAACAACAGCAACGACGACAAGAAGCAAAUAUUUGCUAGAAAAAAGAAUAGAGUGCAUUUGGAUGGUCGAAAAAUACGAAGUAUUAUAUAAAACAAAGAAGUAGAACAGUGGGUAGAACAUAACAGUGCUGAAGAACAUAAAAAUCGACUGAACAAGCUAAUAUUUAAAUUGCGUAAUUUAAAAUUAAAACAAUAAGUUAAGAUAUAAUUAUGAAAAUCAUGAAUGUUUAAAAAAGAAAUCUAGAAAUUUUGUAAUGUGCAACUUGUAUGCAUGACAAGCGCAUAGAAAUGAAAGAGUUCAUGAAAAAUAGUUAAAGUGAUAAAGCGCAUUUAAUGGCACAUAAUAAGAUACUUUCUGGGUAUUUAUUAUUAACCUUUUCGGUUCACUAUUUAUUGCAUUUUUAUUUUGUAAUAUUUUACUUUACAUGAUUUCUUAAACAAAUUUUGUUUUUGUAUAAAUCCACAAAGUAAUGAGCAAACUUAAGUAAAGACGUAUUUACAUUUAACCAACCACAUUUAAACAUUUGAGAAUUGCAAUUAAAUGGAAAUAUUUUUUUUGUUUUUUCUCAAUAUUGUGCUGUAUUUUAAUUGAUAAGUCACACGGGAGGGCUUCGCAAAUAAUCUCAUAAACUAUUUCAAAAACCUUCAGAAUAAUCAUAUUCUCCCUACCAAACAUAUUUUAACAGCGAAAAAUAUAUUAAUUAAUUAAUAUAUAAUUAUAUACCCUCGCACAUUUUAGUAAAAUGCGUGUUUAUUUUCGGCAUUAAUCAAACUCAUAGACAAUGCUUACUUUGCAACAUCAGAUGAACGGACGAAAAAGUGUGCGUGGUGUUUCACGAUGUCAAUAUAUUAUAUUAAAAAUCAUCUAAUAAGAUGGUGAGCAAGAAGUAUCCCAUGUUUGGGCGAGUUUUAUAAAGUCGUUAUCAAGAUCGAAGCGGCCGCCAUAGCCGAAUGAGAUGGUCCGUGACUAUCAUCGGGAAGUGCACAGGUUCGAAACCCGGGCACAAACAGGAAUUGAUAGAAAAAGAUUUUUUUUCUAAUAAUGCCUUCCCCUCGACAGAUAAUGGCAAACCACCUGAUGUAUUUCUGCCACGACUGCCAUUUACUGUUCACAGGCGGAGACGCACACCCCAAAUAGGAGGAGAAGCUCGACCAACCAGCCAACAAAGGAUGUAAACGCGAAUUAUGUAUAUAUAUAUAUGUAUAUGUAUAUAUAUGGGCCAAUAUAUCAGCCAAUAACCACGUCCGUUUUGCUUGCUUCGCUUUAUUUUUCUUGAGCUCAUUAUUUAUACCAAAUUUGAGUAAUUUUGGUUCAUUUAUAACAAAGCAGACGUGGUUAUUGACCGAUUUCACCCAUUUUUAAUACUAGACUACCUUGGCCAAUGAGUGACCAUGUUUUAUUCAAGAAUAUUAAUCGUUGCUCAAUUUAUCGCACCCACGGCAAAUACAUCAGAUAAAAGUGGUUCUGCACGAAAAUACUUAAAUUAAACUAAAAUGUUGAGAGGUUAGAGACUUAAACAUAAAAUUAGUUGGUAAUUCGUGGUUAAGCAGUGAAUUUUUGUAGACGGAAUCCAGAUAAAAAAAUAUAAAUAAUAUAAACUUAAAAUAAGAUCUUUGUAAAAAAUAAACACUCUUUCUUAAGAAUUCUUAGUGCAAAUGAGUGUUGAGACUACAAGAAAGAACUGGAUUGUAUCUUGAGAGGCAUAAACCAUAUAAAGGGAAUUUUCCAAAACACCACUUCAUAUAUUACU